GACUGUGGGACCAGUAACAGGGCCCCAUGUGGUACUGGGAACACAUAGCGGCCUGACGCUGGUGGUUUCAGUGACGAAGCCUCCCACCCGACCCGCUGCAGAGCCCAGAACGAGCAGCCCAUGCGAAGCCACAAGCAGCGCGUACAAGCGGCACGUAAGGAGGAAGUGUGAGUGGAGAUAUUUCAACAUGCUUCACAGUGAAGUGGGAGGGCGCCGCUUCGGCUAAUGUCACAGCAUCUACAGUGUCCUUCUGGUUUCGGUGCAGACAGAUUCACCUUCUGGGCCGUCUCCAUUUGAAUCACCCGCGUCGAAGGCCCACCCAUUCCGCGGCUUCUUUUUCUUUUUUUUUUUUUUUUCUAUUCCCCUGUCAGACCCGCGUCUGUCUCUCCAGUCCCCACUCGCGUCUCCGGCCCCGACGCAGCAGCAGCAGCAGCAGCAGCAGCAGCAGCAGCACCUCCGUCGCCUCCCGGAGGACGUCUUCCCAGCGAGCAGCAUCCCCGCAGGCGGCCAUGUCCGAGGGCGCGUACCCCUCCGUGUACGUGGUGGACAGCCACGCCGGCCGGCCCCCCGUGCCCCCCCGGCUGAAGCCGCGGCCGCAGAGGCCCGGCGCGGCCCAGACGCUGCUGGUGCUGCUGGUGAGCAUGGCGCUGUGCGGCAUGGCCAUAGAAGCCUGCUUCAUCUACCGACUCUACCAGAGCCAGUCUGACUCGUCGCCGUCGGCCUCUAAGCAAACGGCGGACGAACCCACCGGCCCAGAGACCACCGACGUGCAUCCUUCCAAACCAGUGGCCCACCUCACAGACGGAACAGACGUCGAUUAUGGGCCGGGCCGCAACCAGCAGAUCAUGACCUGGAGCACCAUCGCCGACCCCAUCCUCUAUGAGAUGCGCUACGAGGACGGGAAGCUGCUCAUCCAGAAGGAGGGCUUCUACUACGUCUACUCCGAGGUGAACUUCCAGUACGACCAGCGCUUCCACCACACCGUCCUGCUGGCGACCCCUCUGUACAGGGGCGAGGACAUCCCCCUCCUCCAGUCCAGGAGGUUCUCGGAGGGCCACGGGGCGCUGCGCUCCAACAGCUUCCUGGGCGGCGUCUUCCACCUGCACAAGGGCGACGGCGUCUACGUGAAGGUCUACAACGUGUCGCAGAUCGUCAGGCACAGAUCGUACGAGAACACCUUUGGCAUGUACAUGAUCUGAGCACGGCGCCAUCAGGCGUGAGGAGCUCCCAGGCUGAAAAAGCCUAAAAACUGUGUUUAAAUUAUAUCACAUUGUAACAGAUUUCAUUCUUUUUCACACCAGCAACUUUUUAUAUGCUUAUUUGUACAUUUUAAUACGUUUGUUGACUUACUUAAAGGAAACUGUGAUUAAUUAUUCAGAUUAUUACUGAUAAUCUGAUUCUCCUAUUGUUACUUUUCUAUAAGACUGCAAUCAAUUAAAAGUUUUAUUUUAAAUAAUUUCCUUUCAUUUGUGCUGUCAAACACUGCACACUAUUUAUUUAUUCUUUUACCAAAUAAGUGAUUGAUAGAAUUUUCUGUGUCCAUGUAUCGUCUUGUGUGAUGAAAGAAGUGAAAUAAACAUCAGGUUAGAAGGUU